GACAGUGGAGCUUUUUCGUAUAACUUGAGAAUGAAGAGCCAGGCUUCUUCGUAUAGACAAUUCCUUGGUGAUCACAGGUCUCUAUUUUCACCCCGUUUUCGUUUACAGUCACAAUGACCAGCAAAAACUUUGGAAGUCUGCCGGAAACGGCCAACACGGCAAGCGUCCAGCCGUACUCGAUCCAAAUUCCCCAACAAGACGUGACCCAGAUGCAGCAGCUUGUUGGACUCUCACCAAUUGCUUCACCCUGCUACGAGAACUCACUGCCAAACGGCGACAACAAUUAUGGACUCAGAAGAGAUUGGCUUGUUGCGGCCAAGGAACGCUGGGCAAACUCCUUUGACUGGAACAAGACAGAGGCCAAGCUCAAUGAGUACAAUCACUUUGUGGCCAAGGUGCCCGACGAGAAGCUCGGACAGACAUUCGAUAUUCACUUUGUGGCCUUGUUUUCCCAGGCUCGUCAGCCCGUGAAGCCAAUUGUACUGCUCCACGGCUGGCCCGGCUCAUUUCUCGAGUUUCUAUCCAUGUUGGACCUACUCGAGGAGAAAUAUACGCCCGAGGACCUGCCGUACCACAUCAUCGUCCCAUCCCUGCCGGGCUAUCUGUUCUCAUCGCCCCCGCCGCUGGACCGCGACUUUGGCCUUAGGGACGUCGCGCGCCUGAUGGACAGCCUGAUGGUGGAACACCUCGGGUUCGGCGAGUCUGGGUAUAUCGCACAGGGCGGCGACGUCGGCUCGCGCGUCUGCCGAGUACUCGCGGCCAAGUAUGAUCGCUGCCUGGGGACUCUGCUCAACUACAACCGCAUCGGCAAGCCGGAAGGGUUGGAUGGGCCGGAGGCUCUGUCGGAAGAGGAGAAAGCAGGGCUGAAGCGGUGUAAAUGGUUCGACACAGUGGGGACGGCAUACGCCGUCGCGCACGCGACGCGGCCGAGCACCGUCGGGCUGAUCCUCUCCUCCAGCCCCAUCGCGCUACUUGCAUGGGUCGGGGAGAAGUUCCUGGACUGGUCGGAUCCCAAAUCAUACCCGCCCGACGAGGGCAAGGGGUACAGCGCCCGGCUCAUGGACGAGGUCCUGCUGUCGGCGUCGCUGUACUGGCUCACGGGCACGCCGCACCGCUGCCUCUACAGCUACAGGGAGACGUACGACACGGGCUCCGGCACCAAGAAGUGGCACGACCUUCCCGACUAUCACAUCCGCGCGCCAAAAAAGUUCGGCUUCACCUGGUUCCCGCUCGACCUGGCGCCGAUCCCCAAGGCGUGGAUCGAGACCACGGGCGAUCUCGUCUGGUUCCGUCGGCACGACGUCGGGGGUCACUUUGCGGCCAUGGAGCAGCCUGCGGCGCUGCUUGGGGAUCUGGAGGAGUUUUGCCGACUUUUUUGAGUAAAUGAUAGCUGGCUGGUGUGUUUGGGGCGACAAAGACUUUUGUUGCUGUCUUGUGGCUUUGAUGAGGUGCCAGGGGGCUGUAUCCUCCUUGUGAGAGAACAAAGAUGUUGGUUUCGGUCACGGUUAACAUAUAAUUUUCCUACUUGGCGAAUGGGCUCUCACAAUAACUCAAGCUUAACUAGACGUGAGUUUACCUUUGAUUGCUGUAUUGGAUGUUUGCCCAGUAUAGUCGCUUUCCUACUGAAUUCACAACCGAUCAACCAAAAACAAAAGUCAACUGAUAGCCGAUGAGAAAGAUGGGGGCAACACUUUCAAACCCAGCCAACAGCCGCUCCCUACAGAGCCGCCUCGACAGGGCUCUUGCGGGCCGGAAGCGCCCAGCCGACGAGAGGUUCUCCAUCCGCUUCAAGGAGCCGUUUGGAGACUAUGACCUCCUUAGGAGCACAAGCUGCCAAGGGGUUGCGCACCCGGUGUACAUUGUCACCGAGACGCGCAGCUCCGCGAACCGAAACAAGCCUCCCAAGUUUCUAGACCGCGUCAGCUACCCAGAUCCCAAUUUUCUGACGGUUCAGGAGUGCCUGGAGAUGCAAAACAAACAGGAACCAAAACAUAUCGCCAGGAUAAUGGGGCGGAGCUCCAACGACUCCCGCACCGCCGUCUACUACGCGCACAACAACCUAGGCUCAGUGGCCUCCCAGCUACGAAGAUGUCGUACGCCCGGCGGGAGGCCUGUGUCAAUCCCAACAGCCAUCGCCGUCCGUCUGAUCAGGCAGGUUCUGCUAGGAAUACAGGCUCUGCACCCGGCCGACAACAGGACGGACGCCUUUGAGCACGGCCACAUCAGCCUCGAGAGCAUCC